AUGGCAUGUUCAAUGACGGGAUCAGUGGCGGCAACGGCGGCGGCGGCGGCCGCGGUGGGGUUGGCUGUUGGGUAUCUUGUUGGUAACAACAAGGCGGGGUUGGGGGCUGGUUGCUGCCCGGUCAAGGUGCAGCCCAAGGGCGUUUUUGUUUUGAUUAUCCGUCUCGAGUUUAAGGAGGGCGCCCGAGCUGGCUUCAUCAAGCGCUGGGCGGAACUGGCCAAGUUUGUGCAAGCGAACGAGCCCAACACGCUCACCUACGAGCUGACGACGACCAAUGCCAACCCAAACGAGGCCUUUAUUUACGAGCGUUACGUGUCUGAAUCAGACCUUAAGCAGACACACUGCGGCUCAAAGGCCUUCAAAGACUUUGAAGCCUGGCUCAACAGCGCCGACAUUGUCACCGGCCGCGAUGUCUGGGAGAGCACCGAGUCCAACGUGGGCUUUGCCAUCCGCCAAUAA